AAUUAAUCUUCACCUUGACACCGUGCCUGAGCAUUUGAACUCCUGAAUCACAAUGUCCUCGCUGCAAAUCUCUUUGUUUUCACUCUUUUCUCUUCCAGGAUAUGCACCUUCUCUGGUUCUGGCUGUCGCUCCUUCCUCUGCUCACGGCAGUUAAUGGAUUAGGGUUCAAGCCCCCGCACACGCGCUCAAAUGCAGAGCGCAUCGCAGCGGGAGAGCAACUUGCCAAACCGCGCAGGAUGUAUGGCCUAGGCGGGGAGAAAAGCUUUCCCGUACCGCGCGCCGCACCGUCUGGUCUCGCUUUUCCCAUCUCAAGGCCGGCAACGACACAGACCGGCUAUUUAGGGCUUUUCGACGCCACAGGUACUUUCCUCGGGUACUUUUCGCUCCCGGCUGCGGAGAUCACCUCGUCUCUCCCUCCCAUCCAGCCGCAGCCGCAGCCGGGAAGGCGGUCGACGUAUGCGGGCGAGUACUCUUUCGUCACGCCGGCCCAUCCCGGGGACCCGGUGGGCAUUUAUCUUGCGGAUGACCCCGGUUAUUUUUUGAACGGGAUCGGAAUGAGCAACGGAUUGACUCUUGGAUCGGGCCUGGGGACAUGGGUUACUGUGGUUGUUUCUGGCGUCGUUACUUCGUCGGGCGCACCUCCCUACCUCAAUCUCUACGAGACUUAUAUCUUUACUGUUGAUGAGACAACUGGUCAGAUUGGAGUGCAAUGGGUCAAUCCUGGAAGCACGGGAGUCUACACUCCGGCAUCUUUCAUGUGGUCCCCGUCCCGAAACAUCCUCACAUUCACCGGUGACACGACCGCUGCUCGGGCUGGCUACCAGACCACUUCCGGCACGUUUGAUUCGAGUGCGGGGCUGGGUGCAGAUGCCGUCGAAGUGGAUCUCUUCUUUGAACAACUUGCCCUGUACGCCAAUGCAUCCCUCAGCCAGCUGAGGUCCCAUUUUGGGCUUUCUAAUGCGACGUACUCCAUCCUUCACGGCAGUUGCCACCUUUCAAAUACCCAAGUCACCCAGAUUCAAGCGAGGGUGGACAUGGCAGAAACGGAGAGAACGAAGCUCAUGCACAAGAUCAAUGAGAUCAAGGCAGAUCUGAUGUUUCUCGAGAAGGACGAGCGACGGAUCUCAAAGCACCUCACUCUUUGCCGCGCGACGCUUGCCCCGAUCCGGUGCCUUCCCGAAGAGGCGCUGUCCCUAAUCUUCGCAGCCUAUGCGCCCCACGAUGCAAGGGACGCCACUACUGGCGCAAGGUGGGCCAUUGCCACCCCUGCCUUGUGGACGACCAUCUCGUACACAUAUAAAGAUGACGUCCCACUGCCGCCCAAGAACAAACACAAUGCAAUGGCCUUGUUGGAGCUCUGUAUUGAGCGGAGCGGCAGGCAGGGCCUAUCCAUCGAGCUGCAGUGCGGCAACAGUCAGCUGCACGAAUGCGACACCGUACUGCUGUUGAUGGGCAAUCACCGUGCGCGUUGGGAGACAGUGCAUAUCGACAUGCCGAUGGCCAUGUUUAACGAGCCUCUUUUCGCGGAACCUCUUGCGCUCCCGCUUCUGUGGAGGUUGCGACUGAAUGUCCAUCCCACCCGCCGCCCGCCGCCAGCCUUGUCGGGGAACGCCACUUUCUCCGUCGCACCGCUCUUGACCGACUUGGAGCUGACGUACGGGGUCGAUGGGAAUUUCCUGUUUUUGCUACCCUGGGCGCAAAUCACCACUUACCACGGCCCUCUCUAUCCUGGCGGGGGUUUCGACGCAUUGUCUGUUGCGAGACGUGCCGAAUCAAUCCUCGAUCAAGACGCAGAUUCCAUCUGGUCUAUCUCUCAGGCCAACGGUGAUACUUUCACGACCCACACUCACCUUCGCGUGCUUGUGCUAAGUUCACAGAUCUUUCCCGCUCGAAUGAGCUUUCCUUCGUUGAGACAGCUUGAUAUACGCGCGGGAACUCUGGGGGCUGAGACAAGGGCGCUCCUCGUGAUGAUCGAGAAGUCGGGGCCGCGCCAACUGGAGACGCUUGUGGCUCGUGGGCUCGUGCUUUCAGGCAAAGAUAUAGUUUAUGAUCGACUGACUGCGCUGCUCAAGCUUGUGCCCUGGCUCAUGCAUCUCUGCCUCGAUCGUGCGGCUGACAGUUCAGGGAGUGAUGCGCUGUUCGACGACUUGCUUGAUUAUAAUGACAUCGACCGAGCACUACUUCCAUCUUUUGUAACGCUGAUGCUGAAUGGAUUCUCCCUCGGUCAUGGCUUCAUCCGAUUCCUCGAAGACCGCCGGGAGGGGGUUAUCACCACGCUGGAAUGUUUGGAACUCAAGCGCGUUCACGAGAAGACCACGGAUGUGCUGCAGAAGAUCCGGAAGAUUGCAAUGCAGGGGGGAGACAAAGGUCGUAACCAGACGUAG